AUGGCUACGCAGAAGGAAGAUGAAAGACUGCAUAUUGGAAUUCAUGUCCCGAGCCACUGUAACGUUCUGAAGAAUGAAACAUCUGGAUUUGAGAGUCUCGGGUUUCAAGCAGACAUCUCUGACUUGAACAUAACAUACCAUGAAUGUGGAAUCAGCAUUACGUCAACCGUAUCUGGACAUUCGGAAGAACUUACGUGUAUAGAAGGUCGUCAGUACGAACAACCGCGGGAACUCUCACUCGUUUCUGAGUGGGACAUCGUCUGUGAAACUGAAAGUCUUGGGGACCUUCUUCAGACCCUCUUAAUGUUUGGUAUGGGUAUUGGCUCGGUCUUGUUCACAUCGUUAUCGGACACAUAUGGACGCAAGUUGUCCCUCACACUGUCUGGACUUUGUUUCCUUGCAACCAGCACUGCCAUGUCAUUUGUACCAACAUAUGCUGGUUUUGCCGUCAUGAAGGUUAUACAGGGGGCAACGCUGACGGGUGUUAGUUUGACGUCAACAACGAUCGGUCUAGAAAUCAUCCCAACCAGGCACAGAUCCAAGUUUGGGAUUAUAAGCACGCUGAUUUGGUCACUGUCGGUUGUAAUCUACGCUGUGGCGGCCUACCUGAUGAGAGAUCUCAACUGGAGGUAUCACCAGUUGGUAGCGGGCCUCACAUCAGGCUUCUAUAUAUUUGUACCGUGGAUGACAGACAGUUUAACAUACCACGGACUAAAUCUCAACGCCACACAGUUUCAUAGUGACAAAUACAUCGCCUUUGGUCUGAGUGCUAUCACAGAAGUGUUUAGUGCUGUCGCCUUCUGGCUCACAGUCGACAGAUUCGGAAGGAAGAAAACAUGUUUGGCCUGUCAUCUGAUAGCAGCAGUGUCGCUGAUAACAUCGGUCAUAUUCAACCAUUUCACGGUUGCGGUACCAACCCUCAGUGUGGCUGUCAGCACAUUGUCGCUGAUUGGAAAAUUUGGAGCAACGACUUCAUUUAAUGUGCUGUAUCUGUAUACUCCAGAACUGUUUCCAACUACAAUACGGAAUGUUGGGUUUGGUCUUGGAUCCCUCGCAGGAAGAGUAGGUGGACUAUUUGCUCCUUUUUCCAGGAUGCUGUACCGCAAAUAUCCCUGGGCACCUGGCACUGUGUACGGCUCAUGCUGCAUCGUGGUGGCUAUCCUGGUUCGAUUUCUGCCAGAAACGAACACACACGAACUGCCGCAGACAGUUCCUGAAAUGAAGCAGUGGCUGAAACAGCAAAGGGAAUCACAGAAGAAGGUCACCAUCGCAGAAAAUGCUGCUGAUAGAUUUAUCUGUAAUGAUAAUGAAGAGCACUGAGGUGUUAAGGGGUCCAAAAUACAUUAUUUAAAUAUUCAGACAUAUGAACACAUAACAUUCAACUAAACGAUGCUUCUUUAAACUACAGUAAAAGUACAUCAUCUACUGUAAAGGAUGUCGUUAAACAAAUAAUCUUUACCUUUAAUGAAGACUGAGCUAGAUUUUAGACGUUUGGCAAUACAUUUGUCAGUGACUCACCAUUGCACAUUUAUGCAUUCAUGUGAAUUUAAUUCUUUUAUAUGAUAUGGCAAUUAAGUAUUAUCCUGAAUUGAAUAUUUGGUAGUAAAUUGCACUUAUAUGUGAUAGUGAAAUCACUCACACUUUAGGGAUGGUAACACUUGUAAAUAUUAAGUUUGUAACUGUGUCUCCUCACCGUUGUGCGCACCUACCAUGCAGGAUCACCUGAAAGUCCUUGAAUGUCAUAUCAUGUCUUCCUCGAUACUCAAUAUUAAAUUAUUUUAGUGAGAAAACACUGAAUUGAUGUUACUCCAUUAUGGUUCUGGUAGCUUAUGUUGCAUUUCCCCUGUUGAGAUGGAGGAACAACAACCUGAACACUCAAAGACUACGGAUGUGUAUAGAACGCAGUACUAUCCUUAUCAUCAAAAGGAAAAUAUCAUGUAAAUUAUGCAAUGUCUAUAAAGUUUGAUAAAAUAAACCGCAUAAUGCCUCAGCAGA